UUGUGGCUUAUAAAUCACACGAUUCGGUCAAGUGAUUUGAAGUAACGGUCAACAGCAAACAACAACUACAUCUCAAAAUGGGCUCACAAUCAUCUCCUCCGACGUUGGAAUUUCUGAAGGAAGAAAUCCCAGUAAAACAACAACCUCUUCUUUUAUCACAAAACAUUAAAACCGGUCUCGUCCUCGUUGAUCUUGUUAAUGGUUUCUGCACCGUUGGAUCUGGCCAUUUAGCGCCGAAAGAAGAAGAUGAAGGAGUUAGUAAAAUGGUGGAAGAAUCUGUGAAGCUUGCAAAAAAAUUUGCUGACAACAAUUGGCCUAUUUUUGCUUUCCUUGAUUCUCAUCAUCCGGAUAUUCCUGAACCUCCUUAUCCUCCUCACUGUCUUGUUGGAUCUGAUGAAGCAAAAUUGGUUCCUGAUCUCCUGUGGUUGGAAAAUGACCCGAAUGCAACACUCAGGUCCAAAGAAUGCAUUGAUGGAUUCAUUGGUUCAUAUGAGAAAGAUGGCUCUAAUGUCUUUGUUGAUUGGGUGAAAAGUAAUCAGAUAAAACAAGUUUUGGUUUGUGGGAUAUGCACUGAUGUAUGUGUGCUGGAUUUUACCUGUUCAAUUUUGUCUGCGAGAAAUCGUGGUUUCCUUUCUCCUCUAGAAAAUGUGAUUGUGGCCUCUCAAGCUUGUUCUACUUAUGAUCUUCCACUACAUGUAGCCAAAGCUAGCAAAGAUCUUGUAUCCCAUCCACAGGCACUAAUGCAUCAUGUUGGCCUUUACAUAGCAUGGGGAAGAGGAGCCCAGAUAGCAUCAGAGGUGUCAUUUGAAUAAUGGAAAGCGCGUUAAGUGUUAGUUUAUAAAUAAAAAUGCUGUUGUUAUUGUUUAAUAACAUGUCUGGCAUGGCGUUUAAAAAAAUUAAUUCCUUCAAUGAAAAGUGUCUCAGGUGGGAAAAGUAUCUCUAGAAGUUUAACUUUUUCCUUCUGUGUUGAUAAUAAUCUCAAGCAAAGAGACACUUAAGUCUUAGUAAUGAAGUGUUAUUGGAAUGUGUUUAUAUACUAGUUGUUGUACUUGAACUUGUACUCAGUGUAUUUCGCUUGUAUUCAACCCAUAGAAUAAUAUAAGAGCAUUAUUGUGUCAA